CCCAUCUUCAGUGAACACCUUAUCUUCGAUGGCGUUCUCCAUAACACUAAGGACCCAAGUCAGCGAAGUGGUGCCCUCCUUCACGUCAGUCUGGCUUGCGGCCUUUUCCCAAACUUUGCGACGUACUCCCCUUCCUUGCCCAAAGAUAGCCGCAGUUGGCGAGAACAGAACGAGUGACCAUGCCAGGAGAUGUAAUAUAGUCCCUUCUCGUCGCCUUGUAGCUCAGCAAAGGGAAGAUUCUCGUCUUUCCAGCAAGAAUGUCGCUGGCCUCAAGCCUUUAGGGAUGGCGCAGUCAGUGUCAAAGUCCGGCUUCGAGAUGGUCUGAGUCAUGAUAUGGGACUUUGAGUUGAACGAGAAUGAAGUGAGUGAAGUGGGGUAGAGAGUGGGGAGGCACUGGAGAAAGUUGAAAUGGGCGAACCGGUCUAUAUAUCAGUAUCAG